ACAUACUCAGUACUCGGUGUAAACAUGUUUAGAAACGGACAUUACCCACGAAGGUGAGGUUUUACACUUGGAGAAGUUAAGUAGUGCUUAUUCGGUGGGUUUUUUCCACUUCCCGUUGCUUUUUUUAUUUGCUGCUGUUUUAUGUUUUGCGCUCGUUUAUUAAAGACUCAGUCUUGAGGAAGCUCAUUUAUAGGCAAAGUCACUGCAGUUAGAUAAGUCCUGCAGAGAGAAACGGACCAACCUGGGCUAAUCGUUGAAGAAGGAUGAAGUUACGUGUCAUCUUCCUGUGUCUCGGUUAUAUCUUCCUGACAUUAGCCCAUAGCGCUCAUAAGAAGGAAUGGACCAAACUCCUCGUGACUCACCACUGGCCACAAACAUUUUGCAGUAUGGAAAAAUGCACUGCAAACUUUAGUUACUGGACCCUGCAUGGAUUAUGGCCUGACAGCGGUUCUGAAUGUAACGUAUCCUGGCAUUUCAAUGCAACUUUGAUUGCGGACCUGCUACCAGAAAUGAAGACAUUUUGGCCAGAUCUUCUUAAACCAAACUCUACAGUGUUCUGGAAGCAUGAAUGGACAAAGCAUGGGACAUGUGCUGCUCACGCAGAGGCCUUGGACACUCAGCACAAAUACUUCAGCAAAGCCCUGGAACUUUACCACAAACUGGACCUCGAUGGCCUUUUAAAGAAGAGCAAUAUCGUUCCCUCUGAAAACUACUACAAGCUAACAGAUGUGGAAGCAUGCAUCAGCAAUUCGUAUGGUGUGACUCCAAAAAUUCAGUGCGUUUCCCACGGACAGGAGAGCGAGUUCCAGACCUUGGGCCAGAUAGAGAUCUGUUUUGACAAGCAGUUUCAGCUUCUCGACUGUGAAAAGCACCCGGAGGAGCUUCAGAGUCGAGACAACCACCCAGGAUUCACCGUGUGUGAUGCGUCUGUGCCAGUCUACUAUCCUCCGCUCCGAAGCUCGCGACAGACGCCACGCUUUCUUUAAGCUGUUGAGGUUUACAAAAACUUGAUGUGGUGUAAUUAGAUAUGAUGCAACAGUAUUUUUCCCGCUUGUCCUGUUCGUGCCUGUUGAAUAUGAAAUGCUUGAGGGAACGGGGUUUUCUUGACGUCUAGUUUAAAGUGCUAGUUUGGACAAGCCACUGACCACACAGCAUAUGUGUGACCAGUAGACCUCCAUGUAUAGGCUAUAGGCCAGUAAUUCUGCGCAUUCACAUUUAGACCACUGGAGGUCACCACUUGCUCUUUUAAUAACUCAAGCAGGCUGGAAAGUGAUUAUGAUGUUAUGUAAUCAUUAUGUAAAAACAUUUUUACUAUGUACUCAUUUACCUACUUUUGCUGUGAUACGCUGAGGGUUAAUGAAAUAAUUGUGGGUUGUUUUUUUUUGUUUGUUUUUUUUUUACCAAAUUAAGGACUGAAUAUGUAUCCACUAUGAAUGAAUUUAGAUGUAUCAUUAUUGCCAAUUUUACCAAAAUAAACCCUUUAAAAACCAGUUAAUUAAACGCUUAUGACGAUGUUUAUUUUGUACACAGUACAUUAACAUAUCAGCAACGGGCAUUUCCUUCGUCGGCCAUUUAAGAGGAUGCCAAGCAUUUGAGCCUCACAGACCAUCAUUAAGCUCAGAACGUUAAUGUUAAACCUUUAACCCACUGUACUAUAAUACAGUCUGGCUUAUUAUACAAAAUAAGCAUCAUUCCUGGUUAUGAUUAUAAUGUUACCUCUUGUUCCAGAGUUGUUUCUUGUGUUUUCUCCCUACUGAAAAUAACUGAUUGAAAUUGGAGAUUUUUUUUUUUAAUCUGUAUAUUUAUGUGCAUUUCAAUACAAUUUAAUGGAUCGAAUUAAAAUCAAAAAACGAA